CUAGUGUUCUCGGCGGGUGAGGCCGGCUACUACUGUUUCCGGAUCCCGGCUCUCCUGUUCACUGGCCGAGGGACACUGCUGGCCCUUCGCGGAGGGCCGUGGGCAGCAGUCUGGGAGCUGCGCCGACCACGGAGACGUCCAUAUAGUUCUCAAGAGGAGCUCAGACUCGGGACAGACCUGGUCCAAUCUCACUGUUGUGUACAAGGAAGACGGCCACACAAUCGGUAACCCAGCUCCAGUCCUGGACGGGACCAGCGGUACCAUCACCCUUGUCUACUGCAGAGACAACACCGAGGUCUUCACUCUCCAAAGCAGAGAUGAGGGAGUCACCUGGAGCAACCCCUGCAACAUCAUAGAGACUGCCAGAGAGCCUGGCUGGGGGUUCACUGGCUCUGGACCUCCGGGAGGAAUCCAGCUACCCUCUGGUCGACUUGUUGUCUGUAUGUAUGCCUCAGUGCCAGGGUCCUAUGUGAUAUUCUCUGACGAUGGAGGAAAGUCUUGGAGCCGCUCCACCUCCAUAGGAGCGGGAGGGAGUGGGGAGUGCCAGGUGGCAGCCAUGGCUAUCGACUCCGACUCUCCCCAACUCCUGAUGGCCUCCCGGUCUCUGCUCGGUCGCUACGUCUCCUACAGCAGAGACGGAGGAGAAACGUGGUUCAACACUUCUCUGGCCAACAGUCUAGCUCCCCAGACACCCUGUGAGAGUUCCCUGGUCUCCAUGACAUACACGGGUGUGUUCCUGGACACACAUCUCUACCUGACCGCGCCACACUCCCUGGUGAGGCAGAAUAUGACUCUCUUCACCUCGUCUGACGGAGGGUACAGCUGGGACAAGGGAGAGGUUGUGAUAUGGGCAGGACCGGCGGGCUACUCCAGUCUGGCCUACUACAAGCUAAGACUCUACUGUCUGUAUGAGAGAGGAGAUGUGGGGAAAGAGUACUGGGACACUCUGACACUUGCUACACUGUCACCUCUUGUAUGUUGUGUUUAACCCUCGGCAUGCGUGCACAGCGAGGGUACGAGGGGUAGGAAAGUAUUGUCCUAAAUAACUUUACUACAGCUGAAUGCUGCAGUGCAAAUAAUGUACGCAAUAUCCUGUAGCUGUUCAUUUGCUAUGUUGAAGGAUGCAUUGCAAAUAUC